CAUUUACAAUCUUCAGCGCGACUUUCAACAGCGCAUCGGUAUUUUGAUGGUCAUCGGCGCAUUUGAAGGAAUCUGCUUGCACUGAGACCUGAUGAAACAGAGACCUCUAGGAGUGUGGGCUAAGUCAUCACAUUGACUAUGAGUAAUCCUCAACAAGUGGUGCGCAUCUCAAAAAGAGGUGGUGAAUUCCCCAUCUCAGACAUGAGGAUUGUGCUGCUUGGAAACAGAUAUGCUGGGAAGAGUUCAUCAGGAAACACCAUCCUGGGCAGAGAGGAUUUUAGCACCUCAGGAAGAAUAGCUGAGUGUGUGAAGAGAGAAGGAGCAACAUCAGGGAGACACAUCACUGUAGUGGAGGCACCGGGAUGGUAUUAUAACUACACUGUAGAGCAAACUCCUGAACGUGAUAAACGAGAGAUUGUUCUCAGUGUGUCCCUGUGUCCUCCAGGACCCCAUGCUCUACUCCUGCUCAUUAAUGUGAGUUGGUCAUUCACAGAGACAGACAGAAGAGCAGUGCAGCAACACAUGGAGCUGCUGGGUGAGAGAGUCUGGAGUCACACUAUAGUGCUGUUCACAUAUGGGAACAUGCUGGGAAACACAAGUAUUGAGCAGCACAUUGAGAGUGGAGGAGAGGCUCUGCAGUGGGUUGUAGAGAAAUGUGGGAACAGGUAUCAUGUUGUAGACAAUAUGAAGAGUGAUGGUGGCCAGGUGACAGAGCUGCUGGAGAAGAUUGAGGAGAUGGUGGCAGGUAACACUGGUCAUCACUUUAACUUUGAUGCAGCGAUUUUAAAAGAGCUGAAGGAGAAGAAGAAGGAAGAAGAGAGAAGAGCAGAGGAGAGGAAGAUGAAGGUACAGAAGCAGAGAAAGACUCUCAGAUCAUCAGCAGGUGGUGAUUUCCCCAUCUCAGACAUGAGGAUUGUGCUGCUGGGAAUCAGAGCUGCUGGGAAGAGUUCAUCAGGAAACACCAUCCUGGGCAGAGAGGAUUUUAGCACCUCAGGAAGAACAGCUGAGUGUGUGAAGAGAGAAGGAACAACAGCAGGGAGACACAUCACUGUAGUGGAGGCCCCAGGAUGGUGGAGGAGCUACACUGUAGAGCAAACUCCUGAACGUGAUAAACAUGAGAUUGUCCUCAGUGUGUCUCUGUGUCCUCCAGGACCCCAUGCUCUACUCCUGGUCAUUAAUGUGAAUGAGUCAUUCACAGAGACACACAAAAGAGCAGUGCAGGAACACAUGGAGCUGCUGGGUGAGAGGGUCUGGAGUCACACUAUAGUGCUGUUCACAUGGGGGGACUGGCUGGGAGACACAAGUAUUGAGCAGCACAUUGAGAGUGGAGGAGAGGCUCUGCAGUGGGUUGUAGAGAAAUGUGGGAACAGGUAUCAUGUUGUCAACAAUAAGAAGAGUGAUGGUGGCCAGGUGACAGAGCUGCUGGAGAAGAUAGAGGAGAUGGUGGCAGGUAACACUGGUCAUCACUUUAACUUUGAUGCAGCGAUUUUAAAAGAGCUGAAGGAGAAGAAGAAGGAAGAAGAGAGAAGAGCAGAGGAGAGGAAGAUGAAGGUACAGAAGCAGAGAAAGACUCUCAGAUCAUCAGCAGGUGGUGAUUUCCCCAUCUCAGACAUGAGGAUUGUGCUGCUGGGAAACAGCAGUUCUGGGAGGAGUUCAUCAGGAAACACCAUCCUGGGCAGAGAGGAGUUUAGCACCUCAGGAAGAACAGCUGAGUGUGUGAAGAGAGAAGGAGCAACAGCAGGGAGACACAUCACUGUAGUGGAGGCACCAGGAUGGUUGCACACCUACACUGUAGCGAGUACUCCUGAACGUGAUAAACGAGAGAUUGUCCUCAGUGUGUCUCUGUGUCCUCCAGGACCCCAUGCUCUACUCCUGCUCAUUGAUGUGAGUAACACAUUCACUGAGAUAUGCAGAAGAGCAGUGCAGCAACACAUGGAGCUGCUGGGGGAGAGAGUCUGGAGUCACACUAUAGUGCUGUUCACAUGGGGGGUCUGGCUGGGAGACACAAGUAUUGAGCAGCACAUUGAGAGUGAAGGUGAGGCUCUGCAGUGGGUUGUAGAGAAAUGUGGAAACAGGUAUCAUGUUGUAGACAAUAAGAAGAGUGAUGGUGGCCAGGUGACAGAGCUGCUGGAGAAGAUAGAGGAGAUGGUGGCAGGUAACACUGGUCAUCACUUUAACUCUGAUGCAGCGAUUUUAAAAGAGCUGAAGGAGAAGAAGAAGGAAGAAGAGAGAAGAGCAGAGGAGAGGAAGAUGAAGGUACAGAAGCAGAGAAAGACUCUCAGAUCAUCAGCAGGUGGUGAUUUCCCCAUCUCAGACAUGAGGAUUGUGCUGCUGGGAAACAGAAGUGAGGGGAAGAGUUCAUCAGGAAACACCAUCCUGGGCAGAGAGGAUUUUAGCACCUCAGUAAGAACAGCUGAGUGUGUGAAGAGAGAAGGAGCAACAGCAGGGAGACAUAUCACUGUAGUAGAGGCACCGGGAUGGUGGAGCAACUACACUGUAGAGCAAACUCCUGAACGUGAUAAACGAGAGAUUGUCCUCAGUGUGUCUCUGUGUCCUCCAGGACCCCAUGCUCUACUCCUGCUCAUUAAUGUGAGUAUCACAUUAACAGAGACAGACAAAAGAGCAGUGCAGCAACACAUGGAGCUGCUGGGGAAGAGAGUCUGGAGUCACACUAUAGUGCUGUUCACCAGAGGGGACUGGCUAGGAGACACAAGUAUUGAGCAGCACAUUGAGAGUGGAGGAGAGGCUCUGCAGUGGGUUGUAGAGAAAUGUGGGAACAGGUAUCAUGUUGUGAACAAUACGAAGAGUGAUGGUGGCCAGGUGACAGAGCUGCUGGAGAAGAUAGAGGAGAUGGUGGCAGGUAACACUGGUCAUCACUUUAACUUUGAUGCAGCGAUUUUAAAAGAGCUGAAGGAGAAGAAGAAGGAAGAAGAGAGAAGAGCAGAUGAGAGGAAGAUGAAGGUACAGAAGCAGAGAAAGACUCUCAGAUCAUCAGCAGGUGACCAUUUUACCAUCUCAGACAUGAGGAUUGUGCUGCUGGGAAACAGAGAGGGUGGGAAGAGUUUAUCAGGAAACACCAUCCUGGGCAGAGAGGAGUUUAGCACCUCAGGAAGAACAGCUGAGUGUGUGAAGAGAGAAGGAGCAACAGCAGGGAGACACAUCACUGUAGUGGACACACCAGGAUGGUGGAGGAACUACACUGUAGAACAAACUCCUGAACGUGAUAAACGAGAGAUUGUCCUCAGUGUGUCCCUGUGUCCUCCAGGACCCCACGCUCUACUCCUGGUCAUUGAUGUGGAUUAUGCAUGUACAGAAACACACAGAAGAGCAUUGCAGAAACAUAUUGAGCUGCUGGGUGAGAGAGUCUGGAAACACAUUAUAGUGCUGUUCACCAGAGGGGACUGGCUGGGAGAAACAACCAUUGAGCAGCACAUUGAGAGUGGAGGAGAGGCUCUGCAGUGGGUUGUAGAGAAAUGUGGGAACAGGUAUCAUGUUGUGAACAAUAUGAAGAGUGAUGGUGGCCAGGUGACAGAGCUGCUGGAGAAGAUUGAGGAGAUGGUGGCAGGGAACAUGGGCUGCUUCCAGUUGAAUCAGAGUAUGAACUCACCUCUACAACUGGGAGAACACAGACCUGAUGACCGCUCUGGGAGCAGAUCUGGACGUGUGUCUGAUCUCAUACAGCAGUUUCAGCAUGUUUCUGUGGCUGCCUCCACUCAGAGUUCUGGUUAUGGCACAGGGCACUCAAUGGAGAAGAGUGGGUCUGGAGAAAUACAAACUGUGAGAAGAAUCAAACCACAUGAAGGUGAUGAGACCUUGAGACCAGAACAUGCAAAAGGACAUGCAACUAAGGGGAAAGAGAGCCGGAAAAAGAAGCAUUAUGUGGAUGCAUCUACAAUAACUGUGGACUACAGUAAUCGCAUUGGAAGGGGAGCAUAUGGGGCAGUUUACACAGGAUCAUACCAGGAAACCCCUGCUGCUAUAAAGAUCAUCCCCAUUGAAGAUGGCUUACACAUAGCAAAUGAGUUUCUCAUACCUCUGCAUCUGUCUCACCCCCACAUUGUGCGGAUGAUGGCUGUAGCCAAAAGUGAGACACAGAUCCUCAUUGCUAACGAGUACAUUCAUGGUGCCAACUUGCAGGAGAUUCUUUACAAAAAAAACACUCCGCUCCAAUUACAGCUUGAGGAUAAGCUGUUUGUGGCUUUAGACAUUGCCAUGGCUGUUGACUACAUACAUGGAAAACAUAUCAUUCACCAAGAUCUGAAGCCAGCAAAUAUAAUGAUUGCAGCAGAUAAAAAGGCCUAUCUCACUGACUGGGGCAUGGCAGACUGCAAGGGAGCCAUCUCUAUGACAACAGGGCUUCACAGUGGUCGUCUGGGAGGAACUCCUCCCUACAUGGCCCCAGAGUGCCUCGUAGAGUGUGAGAAAUGCAGCACCAUGUCAGACAUGUGGUCUCUUGGCAUCACUCUUCUGGAGAUGUUCACCAACUCUCAACCCUGGUCAAGUAAUGACAUGCAAGAAAUCCGUAAGCUUCUUUACAAACACCAGAGUCCCCAUGCUCUUGCUAAACUACAGCCUGCUCUUGAGGACAUUGUGAAACCACUGAUUGAAUAUGAACCCCAGUUGCGCAUGAAUGCCAAAGACCUGGUGAUACUGUUGAAAUCAAAAGUGGAUCUCACCAAAAGAUAUGGGUUCAAAUGGUAAAGAAAGGAUAGUGAAAGAUCAAGAGAUAUUUUGCAGUUUUUGUAUCUUAGGUGUAAUGUACCUAAGACUAUAGGCCUAAUUCAUGUUACGUAACCAGCGGUUGAGAUUGGAUUCUGAGGUUUCAGAGAUCAUAAAAUCAGUUUCAAUGGGAAAGAGUCCAUAUGCAUCUGCCAGGUUAAAAUUCAAUCAGCUCUCAGAUUUGUGUGGUUCCUAAGCUAUCCAGGGUGUACUGUAGGCCUGUCAUUAUCACUUUGCGCAUGGCUGACCUCUUUGUAGUCAUGUUUAAAUUGUACAUUUUUUACUGUAAGUUUGAAAGAGGAAAUUUAAUUAUAUUUUGAAGUAUAUUUUUUAUAGUAGAGUUUAUCAAAAUUACUCUCCGCCAGAUCAAAUGUAUGCUGUGCUGUGAAUGUCCUGGAUUCUGUGAAUGCCAAAGACGAUAAUACACAUUUCUCAGUUCAAUCAAAUCAAACCAUAUGGAGUAUGGAGAUCAACACAGGCAAAGAAAUGGCAAAUUAAUAUUGAAUCCCAUGUAUCCGUGGCAUUUUCUAUCCCAUGACAGCAUCCAGACAUGGGAAAAUACUAAAGUGUUAGGCCCAAUUCACACCAAAGAUUCCCAGACAGAAUUGCAGCGGUGUGAAUUAAAUGUUGCACGUGGUUGCAAGCUGUCACAAUCCGUUGCAAAGCAUUCAACAUGUUUAGUCGCAGUUGCAAGUUUUUGGAACAUUGCGGCUAUUAUUAUAUACAGCAAUGGCAUAUGCAGUUGUUUUUGUACUAUUUAAGUUAUUAAUGACCUGUAUCAUAAUGACUAACCGUUGGAGAGAGGAUUUAUAAAGUACAGUUAUGUUAAACUAUUUACAUACUACCGUGAUGGCAGAGUGUAGCACCUCUUGGGAAGUGGUGAUAUGGUGCCUAAAUGUGAAGGAAAAAUAUCUUUCCUUUGUCCUUGCAAUAUUCAUUCCUGGUAAAUUCGAAACAUGCUCAUUACAGAUUAAUUCAGAAUAGUUAACAUAAACAAUUACUGUUAAUAUGGACAAUAAUAUUCUGACUAUUCACCUUAUUCAGAAUAAGACAAUAUUGUGAUUAUGAUGUUUACAUGAGUUGUUUACAGAAUAUUCCAUUCACAUUCCUGCACACCAAAGUCUGAUUAUUUCUAUCAAAGGCAAUUCUGUAAGUUUCUGUAUUUUUCAGUGAAAAUACUCCACUGGAGUAUUUCAUAAUUUGGUAAUUAAUUUGAUUGUUGCUUAAUGUGGGCAAGGCACCUAACCCCUCACUGCUCCCCGAGCGCCGCUGUAUGAAGGCAGCUCACUGCUCCGGGUUAGUGUGUGCUUCACCUCACUGUGUGCUGUGUGUGUUCACUAAUUCACGGAUGGGAUAAAUGCAGAGACCAAAUUCCUUGUGUACGCAAGUAUACAUGGCCAAUAAGCCAGAUUUUAUUUGAUUUGAUGUGAUUAUGGCUUUAUUCGGGUUAAGCCAAUCAGAAAAUGAUGUUUACAUGGCAGUGUAUUAUUCAGAGUAUCGUCUUCAUCUGGUUAAUAUUGGAAUGUUAACGUCAAUGUAAAUGGACUCACUGCCGUUAACUUCAGAGCAUGCCACUUAAUCCAUUACAGUCAUUUUUUGUAAACCCUUAGUACACAUUUUUGUAACUUAAUAAACCAAUUCAUUAAAUCAAACUAUAUUUUGUAUGGAUUACGUUUAUUCCAUAAGCUUUAUAUUGUUGAUGCAUAUAGGGCUUAAAAACAAACAUAAAAUUACAAUUUAUAUUAUUUUUACACAUCGUUGUAAAAUUAUUGUCACUGUUGGGGAUAACACUUAUUCUGUUAAAACUGACAGAAAGUGUGUUGUGCUUAUUUGUGUUAUUUUUCAACAAAUCCUUUGUGCUUUUAGGCUUUUGUAAAUGGAAUUACUUGUCUUUAAGGAUUUAUCUUCUGUUUUCCU